AUGGAUCCCAAGGCGGCGGCGAAGUCGAAGCGCUCACACACGGUGCACGGCCGCCGCGUCCACCAGACCCCCGCCGCGGCGGCCGCGCACAGGCAGAAGCGGGCCGCCGCAGCCGCAGCCGCAGCCACCUCGUCCGGCCCCCGCAGCCGCAACCUCCCCUCGAAUUGGGACCGCUACGACGCCGAGGGCGAGGCGGAGGACCCUGCGGCCGCCGAGGAAUGGACAGGCGAGGUGGCUCCGCGCAGCAAGGGCGCCGACUUCGGAUUCUUGCUAGAGCAGGCCCGAGCGCAGCCCCCCGGGGGCCGGGACCUCAGCGCGCCGUGUCUCCCCUCCCAGGACUUGCCAUUUGAUUUUAUGCAGGCUUCUACCUCUAUGCUCGAAGCUAAAGGUGAAGGAAUCUUGUCCUGGUGUGCUGAUGAUAACUUUAUAUUAGAGGACGACCUAGCACCAGAUUUUGAGGUGCCUUUUCUGUCCAUGGAUUUGAAUGCAUUGGCCAAUCACCUUUCAAAGAUUAAGCUUUCUCGGAGACUUUUUAUAGAAGAAGAUCUAUUUCCUGAGGAUAUGGCUGAUGCAUCGGAAGACAAUGAAAUAGCUAUUGAACUUGACACCUCUGUGGAAAUUGAUGCUAAAGGCAGUUCAGUUGGACAUAACUUGAACUCUGAACCCAGGAAAGGUACAAGUCAUCAUGAGUAUGCCAGCAACAUCUGUUCUGAUGAUCAAAUGAAAACAGAACGCCGGUCGCAAUGUUAUGCACAAGAAACUACAGCGUCUCCAAAGAUUAGUACUCAUUCAGUGAAUUCUGAUAGUGAAGAAGAUAAGACCUACAAACAAAUCAUGGAUACUGAUCCUGGUAUGAGCCAUAGCAAAGGGUUGAAGUUUGAGGUGGGUGCUGCAGAAGAACUUGACAUGCUCCUCAAUUCAUUUAGCGGAACUCACCUUUCCAGCGCCAAUUUGGACGAACCAUUUGAACACGCUUCAACUUUGCACGAGAUCAGUUUGUCAAAUGAGAAGGUUGAACCUAGCUUGUCUUCCAAACCACCUUUGCUUGCACCUCUCGACGAUGCUCUAGAUGACUUGCUUUCAGAGACUUCCCUUGAUGUACAGAGUGAAGGUUUUGGUACGCUAAGUACGACUUCUCAGCCAACUGCUAAUUCUGGUCAGAACAUUGGCUUCAGAUAUGCUAAGAAAAUUGAUGUGACGCCAUCUAUUGAUGAUUCGGUGGAUGAUUUGCUUGAAGACACUUCAUCAUGCUUAAAUGAGCCAAAGCAAAUUACAACUGCACAAGCAUCGAACAGCACCCCACUUGAUAGUGUACCCCUUCAUUCUGAUCCCUUAAAUGCAUCUGCAUCGGAUGAUUUUGAUUCAUGGUUUGAUUCUCUAUAG